CUGGUGGCCUCACGCUGGAGCCCGGACGGCCGGCACGUUCUCAACACCACCGAGUUCCAUCUGCGGAUAACGGUGUGGUCCCUGUGUACCAAGUCUGUGUCCUACAUCAAGUACCCCAAGGCCUGUCAGCAGGGGGUGGUGUUCACCAGGGACGGGCGCUACGUGGCUGUGGCAGAGAGAAGGGACUGCAAGGACUUCAUCAGCAUCUUCGUCUGCAGCGACUGGCAGCUCCUGAGGCAUUUUGACACUGAAACACAAGAUCUGUUUGGCAUCGAGUGGGCCCCUAAUGGCUGUGUUCUGGCAGCGUGGGAUACGUGUCUGGAGUAUAAAAUACUGCUGUACUCCCUUGAUGGCAGACUGUUAUCCACCUACCAGGCUUACGAGUGGUCCUUAGGAAUAAAAUCGGUCGCCUGGAGUCCCAGCAGUCAGUUUUUGGCAAUUGGCAGCUAUGAUGAGAAGGUGCGUAUCUUGAACCACGUCACCUGGAAGAAGAUCACAGAGUUUGAGCAUCCAGCAACCGUUGUGAGCUCCAAGACUAUUGUGUAUAAAGAAGUGGAGAAAUCCCCAUCUGUUGAAACAGAGAGACUUUCUUUCCCUCCAACAAGAGCAUUGGCUAGUUCUUUCUUCAGCACACAAAGUAAAUAUGACAUUUCCCAGGUGCCAGUUUCUCUACAGUAUGUCAAACCAGUUGCUGACCGGGCAAAUCCCAAAAUGGGGAUUGGGAUGUUGGCAUUCAGUCCAGAUAACUGUUUCCUGGCAACCAAAAAUGAUAACAUCCCUAACGCUGUCUGGAUCUGGGACAUCCAGAAGCUGAAGCUGGCUGUGGUCCUGGAGCAGCUGUGUGCCAUCCAGGCCUUCCAGUGGGACCCGCGGCAGCGCGUGGCGCUGUGCACGGCCAGCAGCAGGCUCUACCUCUGGUCCCCAGCAGGCUGCGUGGCCGUGCAGGUGCCCGUGGAAGGUGACUUCCAGAUCCUGUCUCUCUCCUGGCACUCCAGUGGAGACUCCAUAGUGCUGCUGAGUAAGGACAACUUCUGUGUGUGUUACUUAGAGAGAGAAGAGGUGAAAUAACCAUUUGCAUUAAAAAUGCUC